CCCGCCCCCGGCCGGGUCCUUUUAAUGGCGCGGCGCAGUGGUGCGGCGGGCUCUCCGGCGGCCCAGCGCAGAGGACGAGACGAACCAGCAUGUCGGGGACCCGAGCCUCCAACGACCGGCCCCCCCACACAGGCGGCGUCAAGCGGGGGCGGCUGCAGCACGAGGCGGCGACCACCGGCUCCCGGGUGACCGUGGUGUUGGGCGCGCAGUGGGGGGACGAGGGCAAAGGCAAGGUGGUGGACCUGCUGGCCACGGACGCCGACAUCAUCAGCCGCUUCCAGGGGGGCAACAAUGCUGGCCACACCGUGGUGGUGGACGGCAAGGAGUACGACUUCCACCUGCUGCCCAGCGGCAUCAUCAACACCAAGGCCAUGUCCUUCAUUGGCAACGGAGUGGUUGUCCACUUACCAGGCUUGUUCGAAGAAGCAGAAAAGAAUGAGAAGAAAGGCCUGAAGGACUGGGAGAAGAGGCUCAUCAUCUCUGACCGGGCCCACCUCGUGUUCGAUUUUCACCAGGCGGUGGAUGGGCUCCAGGAGGUGCAGAGGCAGGCCCAGGAGGGCAAGAACAUCGGCACCACCAGGAAGGGGAUUGGACCGGCCUACUCGUCCAAGGCGGCCCGCACGGGGCUCCGCAUCUGUGACCUCCUGUCGGACUUCAGCGAGUUCUCCACCCGAUUCAAGAACCUGGCCCAUCAGCACCAGUCCAUGUUCCCCACUUUGGAAAUCGACGUCGAAGGUCAACUCAAAAGGCUCAAGGGCUUCGCUGAGCGGAUCCGACCCAUGGUCCGAGACGGCGUUUACUUCAUGUACGAGGCGCUGCAUGGCACCCCCAAGAAAAUCCUCGUGGAAGGCGCCAACGCAGCCCUCCUCGACAUUGACUUUGGGACCUACCCCUUUGUGACGUCAUCCAACUGCACGGUGGGCGGCGUGUGCACCGGCCUGGGCAUCCCCCCCCAGAACAUAGGCGAGGUCUACGGCGUGGUUAAGGCCUACACCACACGCGUGGGCAUCGGCGCCUUCCCCACCGAGCAGAUCAACGAGAUCGGGGACCUGCUGCAGAGCCGCGGCCACGAGUGGGGGGUGACCACGGGCAGGAAGAGACGCUGUGGCUGGCUGGACCUGAUGAUCCUCAGAUAUGCCCACAUGGUCAACGGAUUCACCGCGCUGGCCUUAACGAAGCUGGACAUCCUGGACGCCCUGGACGAGAUUAAAGUCGGCAUCGCGUACAAGCUCAGUGGAAAGCGGAUCCCCUACUUCCCAGCCAACCAGGAGAUUCUGCAGAAGGUGGAGGUGGAGUAUGAAAUUCUGCCUGGGUGGAAAGCGGACACUACGGGUGCCAGGAAGUGGGAGGACCUGCCCCCACAGGCCCAGAGCUACAUCCGGUUUGUGGAGAACCACGUUGGAGUGGCAGUGAAAUGGGUUGGUGUUGGCAGAUCCAGAGAUUCGAUAAUCCAGCUGUUUUAGACAAAGACAGAGCUGAUGCCAGCAGGCCACGUCCACGCCAGCAGCCACAGCAGUGUUCUUUCCGCAGCCAGCAAAACCAACGCCGUAAACAAAGAGAUCUGAAAACUAUUUACUUUACUUUUAUAUUUCUCUUUAAACCUUCAACUCCACCUGCUAAUUUCUACAGCAACUUUAAACAUCUGAAAACCAGCGUUGGGUACAUUUUUUAAAAUCCUGCUAUUUCAAAUGAGCCGAAGCGCUCAAAACA